CCUACCUGCCUUCCUCGCCGCCGUGUAAACCCCCCUGCCACCCCCGCCGCGCGGCCCAUCCCCAGGUGCCGCCGCCGCCGUCUCGCCCCAAAUGGCGGCCGCCUCGAGAGGCCUCCUCGCGCGCCUCCGCCACCUCUCCCUCGCCGGACCCCGCCUCCCCCCCUGCCGCCUCUUCUCCGCCGAGCCUCUCGUCUCCCACCCCGACGAAGACGGCGCCGGCGAGGGCGGGGGACGGAUCAUAGAGGCACGUUCUGGGAUCAUGGGCCCGGAUUCUCGGAGGACCGGCGUGAUCGGCGUGAAGUGCGGCAUGUCGGCGAUGUGGGACAAGUGGGGCGCCAAGGUGCCCAUCACCGUCCUCUGGGUCGACGACAACGUCGUCUGCCAGGUUAAGACAGCCGAGAAGGAGGGGUUCUUCGCGCUGCAGCUCGGAGCUGGCCAAAAGAAGGAGAAGCAUCUAACAAAGCCUGAAGUGGGCCACUUUAGAUCACAAGGAGUCCCUCUGAAGAGAAAAUUGAAGGAGUUUCCUGUUACUGAGGAUGCACUUCUUCCUGUUGGGACAACCAUCACGGCUCGCCAUUUUGUGCCCGGACAGUUUGUGGAUGUAAUUGGAAUCACAAAGGGGAAAGGUUUUGCAGGUGGCAUGAAAAGACAUGGUUUUAGUGGAAUGCCUGCAUCACAUGGUGCAUCUUUAUCACAUCGCAGCAUCGGUUCUACUGGUCAAAGGGAUGCUCCUGGAAGGGUUUUCAAAAACAGGAAGAUGCCUGGACGCAUGGGUGGUGUACAACGCACCGUGAAAAAUGUAUGGGUUUACCAAAUUGACCCUGCGAGGAACUUACUGUAUCUGAAAGGCCAGGUUCCCGGUCCUCAAGGUAGCUUUCUUUUCAUUAAGGAUUCAAUAUACAAGAAACCCGACAGAACUCUGCUGCCAUUCCCUACAUAUUUCCCGCAAGAAGGUGAGCCGGAGGACUUGGAGCCCCUUGUUGCUGAUCUUGGUGAUAUCGACCCAUUCAUGGCAGCAGAUUAGAACGAUGGCCAAAUUGGAAGAAUCCCUUUUGUUUUCAGUCCAUUUCUCGACAAUCUCACGUGGUUGUUUGUUAAAUUUUGCAUUGAUAAUAUGAGUAGUUCCUGGAUUGCAAGAGUCAUCCCAUUACUGACCUGCCAGAAUCAAUGUUGUUCCAUGUACAUUACCUGGCGGACAUGCCAGGGCCCUAACUCAAUUAGGGUGCCGAGCUGAUUGUUUGAUCGACGGAGUGGAACAGUUUUUUGUUUAAUAAGUUGUGUAUGCUAAGGUCCAGAUGGAUUUAUAAAAUCUGAAAUUUUCACUGCUGA